GGAGAAUGGAGAAUGCAUAGAAAAAUAUGUCUCAGGCACAAAGGAAGGAAACUUUUAUGCUGUUGACUACGCGGGUCACAAUGAAUUUCAACUCAUUAGAGGGGACGAGAACACUCUCUUAACGCACACUGUCAAUGUGGAUGAACAUGGCAAGGAGACAGAACUGGUGCAAUUAUUCGGCACAGGAAAUAAUGUUGAAUCGCAAGACAAAGAAGAGUACUACAACGCAGUGAGAGAAAAAGAGAUUCCAGAAGAAAAUAUCGUGAACUUCAUCGAUACUGAUAACUGUCCAGAGGAGUGAAAAAAAGUGACUCUGACACUUCCAAAGAGUCACUGAGACCAGACACGUCCUCGUCUCCGUGGAAUCAAGAUCGAUGACAUGAAGAUGACUUUCCUGGUUCCUGAUUAACGUGAUCCUGCUCUCUUCACACUCACACUGCCUCUCCCAUCUCAUCUCUCCUUGUCACUAAAUCAUGUCCUCAUUGAUGUUAUUUGAUUGCUGAGGGUUUAAAUAAAUUGAUUUAAUAUCUGC